AUGUCUCUGGCUUGUCUGACAAGACUAGAGGGAACUGGAAUGGACUGGAGUGGACUGGAGUGGACUGGAGUGGACUGGAGUGGACUGGAGUGGACUGGAGUGGACUGGAGUGGACUGGAGUGGACUGGACUGGAAUGGAUUGGAUUGGACUCCAAAAGGGUGGCAAUGGAAAUGACUUUUGAUCAAGAACUAAAGAAGACUACAAAGUACAAGAUAGGGUUUAUAAAGACAAAUCAGCCUUUUCCAAGAGGCUCGUGCAGACCUGCGGCAUACGAGCGCUCUGAACCGUCCUGCACUGUCCUGCAUGCAUUGCCUUGCAUCCCACCAAUAACCACUGAUAUCCUACAAUGCCAUAUCUGUGUUUACCUGCAUCCUACUAUGACACCCUAUGGGAUGCGCCGGAAGUCACUCGACUUUGUUGGAGGUGGUCAAUGA